UUUUUAAUCUCAUUCAAAGUCCAAAUCCUUACAAAAUUCAUCUUCAAUAAAUGUAAGUCAAAAUAGUAGUUUGGCCCUUGAAAUCAAUUUCUAGCUUCACCCUGUAAAUAUGUUCCCCCCUGAAAUCAAUUUCAAGCUUCACCUCCAUUUUCGCGUGUCUGCUCAUUUCCUUCUCCCCUGCACCGAACAAGCCUUCAGCCAAGCCCAGCCACCACCGCCUACUCCUCUUGAAAAAUUGAUCAGCUGUCUUCUUCCCCCCUCUGCCACCGGUUGCUGCUGGAGUGAAUUCCGGUUUUCCUGUUCCCCUCCAAGAUCCCGCCACCCUCCCUUGCCGCCAGCUCCAAUUGUUUUGCUUGUUGGAUUUUCUGGUCCUUGAUCGUCCUAUCACCCUAGCACUUGGAUUAAGCCUUCUGUCCUGUGCAAUUAAGGUAAGUAAAUUAUGGUAAUGCCCUUAAAUUUUAAAGCAUAUUUUAACUUGUUUUGAGAUUGUGGCGAGGUUUAAAUGGAUUUAUUUGCAUUUGAGCAUGAUUAAAAAUGGAAAUGGAACUUUUAUUAUUUUCCUUAUUUUCUAGAAUUGAGCAUGCCCACGUGUGAUUCUUUCGGUUUAUUCUUGAAAAUGAGAAUGAUUGUGAAUCGUGGUUUUUCUGUAAAUCUUGCUUGGUUUUGUCUUAGAUAUGGUUGUGUUAUUCGUGUGCCCGUUAGUGGGAGGUUUAUAAAUGCUAGCACAUGUUGACAUGUUAUUGAUAAAAUCGGUUCGCUCGUGUUAUCCUACUAGUGGGAUUAUACACUAGUAAUCGUGUGCCUGCUAAUGGGAGGUUUAUAACACUGGUCAUGACUAAUAGAGGAGACCACUAUUUAAUUUUAUUCUACAUUAAUGGUUUGUUAUUGAAAUGCUCUGUUUAUGUUUCAACUGUUUAUUCGGCAUGCUUUAAAUUUUGAUUCCGGGCAUCCAUAUUUACUUAUUGAGAUAUUUUAUCUCACGAUUUUCCUUGUCCAUCAUUUCAGGUAGUGAGACCCGACGCAUGGGGAGCCCAGAGGAGCGACGAGCUAGACGGCUAGGCAUUAUUUGGACUUAGGUUUUUGUAGCUAGGCUGCUAGUCACCUAUGUCGACUUAGAAAUUUUUGUGUACAGAACUCCCUUAGUUAUAGUCAUGAUUGUAUACAUGAAGUUAUAAAUCCUUGUACAUUUUGACUAGUAAAUAAAUAGAAAAAAAAAAA